AUGGGUGGCGCUCUGAUGGGUGGCUGGGUAGGACAGCCGGUCCGGCUGCUUAGGGCUGCUUUGACCCCGCCCCUGGGGGUCUUGGCCCCGCCCCCUGGCGGCCUUGGCCCCGCCCCUGGUGCUGCGUUAAGUAGAAGCUUCGUGGUGAUUGUGGCGUGCCAGUGCUGUGACACCGCCUGCGACUCCCGCUGCGGCUGCCGCCCCUCGGCUGGAGUGGGCUGUGUCCAUACGGUCCCGCGUGCAGCUGGUUUCCGGGCUGAGAUGGAGCAGCCGGGUGAGGAGCUAGGCCAGUGGCAACCUACGUACCAACCGGUCCUGGAUAACUUGAAGCCAUUGCCUGUCUUGGAUAUGUGGCCAUCUUCUGGAAGCAGCAGAGUAAACACCUCUUGGAACUAUGGCCCACCAGGCCCUGAGCACUGCUCUGAGGACAGAGAGAUGUUGAGUAGUUUUUUGGUGUCUACUGAGACACCCAGACAGGAUGCAGGUGAAGUGAGGGCCUGUUUCAGUGUAUCACAGAAUGAGCACAACAUUAGCUACUGCCCCGUGACCUUCACCUACCCAGUGCCGUACUGCCAGAGGGAGCCUCCGUCCCAGCCAGGGAUGAUUGGCAGGGGACCUGAGAUGAUGCCCUUACAGCCUGGUAUUCAAAGCACGGAUCUAACCUUCAGUGAGAAUCUGAGGAUGCCCUCCAGUGGGCUAAUGUCAGCUCCAAGUGGAAUCUCAACGGUGUCCCCCACCAGUGCUCCAACAAUACCUUAUUGUGGGCCCCCAACGUCAUUACCUAUCAGAGGCUCUUCACAAUCUGAAAUGUUAUUGGGUCCGACCAUGCCUUCCACUGAGACCCAGGCUGUACUCCCAUCUGUGGGUCAGAUGUUCCCACCCGGAAAUCCCUAUAACCUUACGAUUCCCCCAGCUGGAUCCCAGUCACUGCAGACCUUAGACUCUCAGGUCUCUCUUUUGAAUCUGUCAGGCUCCCACAAAGACCUCUUCCAGCCUGAGCAGCCCACAGCUGCUCCUCAGAGAGCAGAGAACUCCGGGGUCUGGGGAGGGUCACCCAAAAGGCAAUCCUCAAUUCUAAGACCGUACUGCUGCCCAUAUAAGGACUGUGGAAAAGCUUAUACGAAGCGCUCCCACCUUGUGAGUCACCAGCGCAAACACACAGGUGAGAAGCCCUAUAAGUGCAACUGGGAAGACUGUACCUGGUGCUUCUUCCGUUCCGAUGAGCUUCGACGUCAUAUGCGGACACAUACCAAACACCGGCCACACGGAUGUGAUGUGUGUGGCAGACAGUUCAUGAGAUCUGACCAUCUCAAACAACACCGAAAGACUCAUUUCCGACUGCUGUCGGAUUCCCCAAGGCAGCCAGCCAACAAUGGACAGAUGGAUGGUCCUCCGGCUCCUGGUCUUUAGAUUCUGGUGUGAGACUGUUUAGAUCUUGAACUUACCACUAUCACUCGCCGUGUGACCUUGGGAAGUAUCUUUCAUCACCAUGCCUUAAUUCAUCCUCUGGAAAAUAAGAAAAACCACCCUGGACUACAUUGGAUAUGUCAUAUACUGCGUCAGUUCUCCUGGGACUCACCGCCUGAGUGUCCAGCAUUUGUCUCUUCCUUCCAGACCUGGGUGGAAUGGCCCACUGCAGGGUGGGAUCCAGCAUCCCAUGUAGCUACGGAAACCUGGAAGUGCCAAGGAAUUAGUACUCAUGGGGUAAAAUUUAACUAAUGGGAAAUGGGAAGUAGGAGAGAGCCAGGCAGAGACACUCUGCCUUCUUCUCUCCCUUUUAAGAAUUGCUGUAUAAGGCAUGGUUCCUCCCCAGCAGUGUAGCCUUCAGGGAGAUUUCCAAAGUUCUGGUGGGCACAGCUGUAGGGUCUCUUCCAUGCCUGGCAUGUGGCUGUACCCAGCUUGGAAGGGUAUCAUCUUGCUACCUCCAAUCUCCCUGCCUCACUUCCAUUUCUCACCCCCUAAUGCCUUGAGUUUGUCCUUCCCAAAUAAAACAUCCAUAUUCA